AUGCAAUCCACAUCUCCCACACCAACUGUUACACUCUCUGCUACUUCAGCCCGUACAACCCAGUGGGGAUUUCCCUUGGCAAAAGAUCAAGUUACCUUUAUUGAUCAUGGUUGUAUUAUUGACAAGGAAGGAUAUCCCCUAUAUCCCAACAACAACACCACAUACGUACUUCCCCCCGGAACCAUCAUCACUAAUUUCGGCACAGUAGGAUUUUCAAAGACCUCCUCAUCCGAAACCUCAAAGGAUCGCCGUUGGAAAAUUUACCGUGCACACUGUCUUGGAGUCAUGGUGUGUGACAGUGAAGGUUGUGAGUAUGCCGGACCCACCCCUACAGGCCCAGGGAAGAUUGAGGAGCUUAUCCGCACCACCCCAUGUUGCCCGGCAGACGGGUGCGCUGGCAAGAUCUACUGGAUGGAAUGUCGGCACACACAAACCAGGUUUGAUCAUGAACUUAGUACUGGGUGGAGGCUGAUGCGGCAUCAAGGCUUCCACGACCACCCAUGGCCAACCUCCAAGAAAGCUGACCCUCUCGCAAAGAAAUUGCUUGCCCUGGAAGUUGCCAAAAAUCCAAAGGCCGGUGCUCUGCAACUCAAGGUCGGCAACCCAGAUAAAUCCCAUGAGCCCGACAACGGUGUAGCCAGUAUACAUGGAUCGUUUGCAAACUCAGACAGGCUCCGACACCAUCGACGAGAGAUUCUUCGAGGAUUGAACCUGGCCCCCGAUAAAGAUGGAGAUGGAGCAGGAGACCGGUUCAUGAAUGACAUGUUCAUGUGGGAUGAGCGUGGUUUGGAAGUGAUCUCCUCAUUGUUUAGGCACGGCAAGGAACAUUUUACGUUCCAGACCCCAUGGAUGGCCGCACGACUUUUGGAAAAAACAGAGGAUGGGGAAAACGGGCCCAGUUUCUACCAGGGGGGAUUAAUAUCAGAUGUUACGUAUCGAUAUUUCAAGUCGGGCUACUUACUUACAACCUCUAUGUACUGCCAGAAGAUCAACCGAUGGAUUCCAGUCCAGCUCAGCUGGAUACGUGGCCUUUCUGAGAUAUACUAUCACACUCACUUUGCGGUUCUUUUCCGACAAUUCAUGCGGUCUGAAAUCUCAGCAGUUGAGCGGGAAGAUCUGGCAAGGAAUGUCGUCGAUUUCUCUCUGGCCCAAAUGGAAGGCUUCAUAUCGGCAUACCUUGAAGUUUUUGGAGGCACCGACCGGGUAGCUGCACGCAACAAAUUGAAAGGUUGCAAACAGCAUUUCAGAGCCUCAAUUACACGUGUCAAGCGCAAUCGGGCGGUGAUCCAGGCUGAUGAGGUUGUGAGUGAAUUUUCAUCUCAUCACAUUCCGCCAUAUAACCCCCAAGCAUUCUGA